AUGGGGAUGUUCUUGAGGCAAUACUGUGGUCACGGCUAUAAUUCGCGAGGAGAGAAAGGGGGUGCACUGCCUGGAGAUGAGGAAAAAGGGGGUGUGAGUAUGGUGAACGUGGAUGAAGACGGACGAAAGGACGCACAAGCUGGAAACGAGGAGAGAAAGGGGGUGGGUACAAGGAGGGGAAGGGGUCAGUUGGACGCUGCUAGCACCCAGCGUAGCAUUAGUGAACGCCGGGUCAGGUCUCACAGCCCUCUACAUCCUCUUGCGGCAAAUUUGCAGGCUGCGGCAUCGCCAACUAGGGCACCAGCAGUGUUUGACACGGCCCUUGUUGGAGAGGAUAUCAAGGAGUACCAAGCGCUGGGUUGUAUCGCAGGCACCCCUGAACCUCGUACUGGCAUGUACAUCGUCAAACGGUCAACUUGUCACUCUCGCCGAAACGCUGCAAUUGUCCCUAUUGAUCGACUAGUGCGGGGAUGUCACCUACUGGGCAAGUGUGGUGCGAAGAUUGACUGGAGUUGGACAACCGACAACGUCCUUGACCUUGUGACCCAGUUCUAUUUCAAUCCUUACAGAGACUGCGUGACAGCAGCUACAGAGCCGAUCAUAGAUGUGACGGCACCUCUUUUGGUGAGAUCACCAGACCUUCCUCUUGCCUUUUUCCGAUAUCUGGAUCAUCUGAAACACCUAUCUGUGGUGCACGAGUGGACACCGGUUCACAGGUACCAUGUGGAAUUCUUUAAUAAUCGUGUCGCUGAGAUGCGUCAUGGUGACUUCUCAAACUGGGCCAUUCCAGAAGCUGGCCUCGUAAAAAAAUAUGGCUUUGACUGUGAGCUCUUUUUACCGGAGCCACAUCAAUAUGCUACCAACAAGAUAUUUUACAAUGGCAAGCUUUGGCGGUUGGAGAAUGACCCAAACCGUGGUCAGAUCAGCUUUAUACUUCGCCGAACUCGGGAUCCCUUUGCUGAUGAACUACAAAAGUUCCUUACCUAUGAGGGUGGGGAUCUUCCUUUUCUGACUGUUGUUGAGUGGUCAGAUCGUCAGGACGCAAAAAUUGUGCGCCAGAUUGCCAAGCAUGUAGCAGAGAAAGCUCAGCGCCGUGCACAAAGAAUAGCACAUUUCAAAUCCUUGCUCCCUCGGGCGGUGGCCUUCUUCCUUCCUCGUGGUGUCGGUCAACUCGCGAGGCCACAAGUCAACAACAACUUAUCAGUAGAAUCACAAAACCGCUUUCAGCCGCUUUCACCGCUUUUGAAAGCGUGA